AUGCGCGAAGCUCAUAUCCUCUUCUUCUUCACUUCUCGCCAACCCACUUACCUCUUUAACUCCCUCAUCCGAGCUCACUCUUCUCUUAACCAAUCCUCUCAAUCCCUCACCGUUUUUCACCGCAUGAUCAUUGCUCAAAAGCCCUUUGACAUUUUAACCUUGCCUCCCGUUCUCAAGUCUUGUGGCCAGUUAUCUGAUUUAACCCUUGGAAGACAGCUCCACGGGGCUGUUUUGGUCAAUGGGUAUUCGUCCGAUUUGGCAAAUAACAUUUCUUUGAUUAUUAAUGGAAAAUGUGGUGAAUUGGAGUGUGCGAUGAAAGUGUUUGAAGAAAUGCCUGUUAGAAGUUAUGUAUCGUAUUCCGCAUUGAUGGUUGGUCGUGAGGGGAUGGUGGAGAAGGGGACGGAGGUUUUCGAGAAGAUGGAGGAAAGGUUGGGGGUGAAGCCUAAAUUGGAGCAUUAUACGUGUAUGGUGGAUAUGUUGGGGAAGGCGGGAUUGGUGGAGGAAGCUGAGGAAUUGGUGAUGGGAUGGAGUUGGAGACCGAUAUGGCUUUGUGGAAUGCUUUGCUGGCAGCUUGUAGGGUUCAUGGCAAAGUGGAGGUGGCCGAUAGGGUGGAGAGAAGACUUAAACUGGCCGGGUGUUGCAAUUUGA